AUGUCGGCAACUGACUGUAAUGGUAGUGGACUUGCCGUUAUUGAUCCUUCUCAGAGACAGACGCCGCCGUCUCUUGGAGGUGCCACCACAACCAACGGUGGCUUGCAAGUGAAGAAGCCUCCCGCCAAGGACCGCCACAGCAAAGUCGACGGUCGAGGCCGCCGGAUUCGCAUGCCUAUAAUCUGCGCCGCCAGGGUUUUCCAGCUCACCCGUGAACUCGGCCACAAGUCUGACGGACAGACUAUCGAGUGGCUUCUCCGUCACGCGGAGCCUUCGAUUAUAGCUGCCACCGGAACCGGCACAACCCCUGCUAGUUUCGCCACCGUCUGCGCCUCCACCCGGAACUCCUCCGUCCUUCAUUCACAGCUUACUCCAACCAACUUCAUUCUCGGCAAGCGGCUCCGAUCGGACGACGAAGAUCACCAGCUUCAUCUCAGCAAAGAAGACAUGGGUUCCUCGGUGGCUCCUGGGGGGUUCUGGGCUUUGCCGACUAGGCCGGAUUUUGGUCAAGUUUGGAGCAUUUCCCAGCAGCAGCCUUCUGCUUCCUUCAGGUUUCUGCAGCAGCAACAACCACUGGGAAUGGGAGAGGCAUCAGCUGCUAGGAUUGGUAAUUAUUUACCCAUAGCUCAAGUACAGGGGCACCAUCUCAAUUUGCUUGCAUCACUAUCCGGUCAGGCGCAUCAAUCUUCCGAACAACCAAGGGAAGAUGAUGGUAAUUGA